AUGGGUGCAUUUUCAGUUAUCUCUAAAUACUUCUCUUUACUUAUCUUUGCCCUGAUCAUUUCCCUUUCUCUUUCUCUUCUUCCUACCACUAACUCGAUUUCCUUCAAAAUACCUCGGUUCGAGCCGAAUGCAUCAGACAUACAUUACCAGGGAGAUGCAGUAUACUCCGUAGGGAAAGUGGAGUUUAACAAAGUUAACUACAUAACCCGGGUUGGGCUAAUUACGUAUCAUGAAAAAGUGCGUCUUUGGGGGAAAAAAUCUGGAAAUGUUUCAGACUUUUCUACCAAUUUCACCUUUGUGAUUGACACUUUAGAGCAGCCGUUGGGUAAUUAUGGCCAUGGGUUCACAUUUUUCAUUGCUCCUGCUGGUUUUGAAAUCCCGCCGAAUUCAGCAGGCGGCUUUCUUGGGUUGUUUAACACUACGACAUCCCACUCUUCAAGUAACAAAAUGAUCGUAGUCGAGUUCGACUCGUUUGCAAAUCCUGAAUGGGAUCCAGAUUAUGAGCAUGUUGGUAUCAACAUAAACUCGGUUGAAUCAGCUGUGAGUGCGCGUUGGAAUACUAGUUUACAUAGUGGACAUCCUGCUCAUGUUUGGAUCAAUUAUAACGCGACUACAAAGAAUUUGACCGUGUUACUGUCGUACACAAACGACAGUAACAACAAUGUAAGGCUCUCUUACCCCAUUGAUCUAAAGGAAGUCAUUCCUGAACGGGUUAACAUUGGUUUUUCAGCUGCAACGGGGCAGUUUGCAGAGCGACACAUUCUCGAGUCAUGGGAGUUUUAUUCUAGCAUGAACUUAACUGAGGAGGACAAGGCCUUGGGGAAAGAUGGUAGUGAUAAUGAUUUACAAAUAAAACUCAAACUGAAUAAGUUGGGUUUGAUUCUUGUAUCUUUGGGUGUUUUUGUAUUUAUUUUGGGAGGGAUAAUAUUAGUGUUAUACUUUCUAUGUGUAAAAAGGAAGAAGCCUGAAUUGGAAAACGUAGAGGAUACCUCAUUCAACGAGGAACUUGAGAGAGGAGCUGGUCCGAAAAGGUUUUCGUAUUCUGAGCUCGAGUCAGCCACACACAGUUUCUCAAGUGAACGCAAGUUGGGCGAAGGAGGAUUUGGGGGAGUUUACAAGGGCUAUCUGGUGGACUUGGACAUGCCAAUCGCGGUGAAGAAGUUCUCAAGGGGAGGUACACAAGGGAAAAAAGAGUAUAGUACAGAAGUUAAGGUUAUUAGUAGGCUAAGGCAUAGGAACCUAGUGCAGCUUAUAGGUUGGUGCCAUGAUAAAGGUGAAUUUCUUCUUGUGUAUGAGUAUAUGCCAAGUAGCUUAGAUGGUCACCUGUUUGGCAACAAGACUCCUCUAUCUUGGCCUGCACGGUACAAUAUAGCGCUUGGGUUAGCAUCCGGCUUGUUUUACCUGCACGAGGAAUGGGAGCAAUGUGUGGUGCAUCGCGACAUAAAGUCUAGCAAUAUAAUGCUGGAUUCUAAUUUCAAUGUCAAACUAGGGGACUUUGGUUUAGCUAGGCUUAUGCAGCAUGGACUUAGUGCCCAGACGAUAACUUUAGCUGGAACAUUUGGGUACAUGGCCCCCGAGUAUUUAAGUACAGGAAAGGCGAGCAAAGAAUCAGAUGUAUACAGUUUCGGUGUGGUUGCAUUGGAGAUUGCUACGGGAAGGAGGUCAACUGAUCUGGUGGAGGCAGGAAGUCAUAAAGGAAAGGGAUUAAUACAAUGGGUGUGGGAUCUUUAUGGCAAUGCUGAACUGCAUUUAGCUACUGACCCAAAGCUUCAUGAAAUGGAAUUCGAUGUUAAACAGGUUGAGUGUUUGAUGAUCCUUGGUUUGUGGUGUGCUUAUCCUGAUUACAGUCAUAGGCCGUCUAUAAAGCAAGCAAUUCAACUACUCAACUUUGAGACUACUAUGCCUAGUCUUCCACCUCAGAUGCCUGUUCCGAUCUAUCAGGUGCCCGUGAUGAUGCCGUCAGAUAGCUCUAGUGGCCCUUCUUUGCUUACGAACAGCAUUGAAAUUGGUCGCUAGAUCUCAUUACAGAUAUUCUAUCCCGUUUUACGUCUCGUUGCCUAUAACACCUGAUAACUAAAUUUAAGAAGGUCAUGUUUCAUUGAUGAUCUACCCGCUGGAUCAAUAUACUACAUUCAUGCCUAUGAAUUCGCAUUUUGUGUGAGAAUUGCCUGAGUUGUAUACUAUUUUGUGUUUGAUCUAAUCAUUGGAAUGUGAUUUACUUGUACUGUCAAUCUCUCGCUCUUUC